AUGUCAAAACAAGAGAAGAAGGCCAUUGAUCCAUUACAUUCUUUUAUUGCAGGUGCCCUAGCCGGUGCCAUUGAAGCGUCAAUCACGUAUCCAUUUGAAUUUGCCAAGACUAGAUUACAAUUGAUUGAUAAGACUUCGAAAGCGUCGAGAAAUCCAUUAGUCUUGAUUUACAACACUGCCAAGACUCAAGGUGUCGGAUCAAUCUAUGUCGGUUGUCCCGCUUUCAUCGUUGGUAAUACCGCCAAAGCAGGUAUUAGAUUUCUUGGGUUUGAUACCAUUAAGAACAUGUUACGUGAUCCAAUGACUGGUGAAUUAAGUGGGCCUCGUGGUGUCAUUGCAGGGUUAGGUGCAGGUCUACUGGAGAGUGUUGUUGCAGUGACACCAUUUGAAGCCAUUAAGACCGCCUUGAUUGAUGAUAAACAAAUGGCUAAACCAAAGUAUCAAAAUAAUGGACGUUCAAUGCUGCGAAAUUAUUCUAGUCUUGUGCGUGAUGAAGGGUUUUCAGGGCUUUAUCGUGGUGUUUUACCUGUUUCAAUGAGACAAGCAGCUAAUCAAGCUGUUAGAUUGGGUUGUUAUAAUAAGAUUAAGACUAUGGUACAGGAUUAUACGGGAUCUCCAAAGGAUAAACCAUUAUCUUCUGGGUUGACGUUUAUUGUUGGUGCAUUCAGUGGUAUUGUUACAGUUUAUUCCACCAUGCCAAUUGAUACAGUGAAAACAAGGAUGCAAAGUUUAGAUUCUACUAGAUAUAGUUCUACAGUGAAUUGUUUUUCCACGAUAUUUAAAGAAGAAGGUUUGAAAACUUUCUGGAAAGGAGCCACUCCAAGAUUAGGUAGACUAAUCUUAAGUGGUGGUAUUGUUUUCACAAUUUAUGAGAAUGUAUUGGUCUUCCUGGGUUAA